UAAACCACUCUUGGGUCCAGAUCCCUUUUUUUUUUUUUUUUUUUUUUUUUGGGUCCAGAUCUUAAUCUCACUAAGGAAAUCAGGCUCCCGGUUGGCUGGAGCCGGUGUGUCGGUCCUUUCUCCAUACUUAGUACCCCAUGCCCCUCCACCCCCCAUAGAGGAAGAGAGAUGAGUUUUUCCAACAUUUACUGGAAAGCCUGUUGCCAUAGCAAUGGUGAGGGGUCAACAGAGGUGAACAGAGGUGAAGCACAGAGGUGUGGAGUGGGCAGGCCUCUGCUCUCUAGCAACCUGAGAUGGUAGGCACCUCACCGCGGUACUCUGGCCCAAGGGUCUUAGUUUUGUUUGUUGCUAACCACUUAUAUUAGUGAAAAAUAACCCCACUUAGUUUUUGGCUGGGGCCUUGUCCUAAGACUUCCUCUCCUGGGUUUUCUUACGGCUUCUACUUGACUCCGUCUGUUGCUUCCUCAAGCCUUGGUCCCCAGCUCAUUUCCUCUCUGCUCUGACUUGACUGUUCUUUUUGGUCACCGCACUUUUCAAUCCAGCUCCAUGGCUUCUCCCUGCCCAGGGUGCCUGCCCUCAGCAGAGGGGUCCUGGAGAAAGAGGCCACUUAAAUGUAUUGUCAUAGCGACCAUUCAUGAAACACUCUCCCUGGCGCCAGCAGAGUGCUUUUUGUUGCUGUUUUCAUCUCCUUUUUUAAAAAUUUAUUUUAUUUAUUUAUUUUUGGCUGUGUUGGGUCUUCGUUGCUGCGCACAGGCUUUCCAUAGUUGUGGCGAGCAGGGGCUACUCUUCAUUGCGGUGUGUGGGCUUCUCAUUGCAUUGGCUUCUCUUGUUGCAGAGCACGGGCUCUAGCUGCGUGUGCUUCAGUAGUUGUGACACACGGUCUCAGUAGUUGUGGCUCGUGGGCUCUAGAGCACAGGCUCAGUAGUUGUGGCGUACAGGCUUAGUUGCUCCACGGCAUGUGGGAUCUUCCUGGACCAGGACUCGCCACCAGGGAAGCCCUCAUCUCCUCUUUACAACCCUAGGAAAGACCAGUGACUAGCCUGACUUAUAAAUAAGAAAACUUAGGCUCACAGGGCAUAAAUGACCUGCCCAAAGUCACAUAACUGGUAGGUGGCAGAGUGAGGACUGGAACUUAGCUCUGUCUAACCGCAAAGCCUGUGCUCUUAACGUCAUGAGGUACUACUUUUAAGAAGGAACCUUUUGAAUGUAGAUAACUGAAGAAGCUGGGUGUUGGUUACGUGGAGGUUUAUUAUAUUAUUCUUUCUCUAAAAAGAAAGUAGCCUUUUAAGACUUAGUGAUACAAAGUGCGUAAGUACAUUUUAAAAAUCGGGGGACUUCCCUGGUGGCACAGUGGUUAAGAAUCCGCCUGCCAAUGCAGGGGACACGGGUUCAAGCCCUGGUCCAGCAAGAUCCCACAUGCCACGGAGCAACUAAGCCCGUGUGCCACAACUUCUAAGCUGCGCUCUAGAGCCCAUGAGCCACAACUACUGAGCCUGCGUGCUACAACUACUGCAGUCCACGCACCUAGAGCCUAUGCUCCGCAACAAGAGAAGCCACCGCAAUGAGACGCCUGCGCACUACAAUGAAGAGUAGCCCCUGCUCACUGCAACUAGAGAAAGCCCGCACGCAGCAACGAAGACUCAACACAGCCAAAAACAAACAAAUAAAUAAAUAAAUAAAAUAUUUAAAAAAAUUUAUAUGGGGUGCAGAAUGUGAAAACUCAUCUUUCUUAGUCCUACCUCUUUAAUCCCUAGAGGAUAUACAGGUGUAUUAUCUUUGGUGUAUAUCUUUCAUUUUAUAUGUAUUUAUGUAUAUUUAUAUGUACGUACACACAUAUUUACAUAAUAUAUUUGCACAUGUGCAAGUGUGCCUUUAGAAUUCCAUUAAGGAAUUACUGAAUCAAACAGUAUAUGCACGGGACUUUCCUGGCAGUCUAGUGGUUAAGACUGCGCUUCCACUGCAGCGGACUCGGGUUCAAUCCCUGGUCAGGGAACUAAGAUCCCACAUGCUGCGCAGCGCGGCCAAAAACAAAACAAAACAAAAAACGGUAUAUGCACUUAAAAUUUUGAAAGUUCUGCCCUCAGCAAGGCUAUGUGAAUUUCCACCCACCAGUCUUGUGCUGUACGACUUUGGAAUAUGCCAUGAAUCCUUUUCGGAAACAGGUGGGAUAUAAAUAAUAAAUUAAUGCUUUUAAAGAACAGCCCUCAGCCAGGGAGAGAAGUGACUUGGGUACUAUGGAAAUCACUAGCUCUGUUUCCCAGACCACAAGGCCUGCCUGCAGUCCCAGCCACGACUUGCUGAUUCGGUGGAUGCCAUCUUUAGGGAAGCAGCAGGAAGGAGGACUGAACUUCCCUGGCUCGGCAGAAAAAAGCCCUCUGAUGUCCUGCUUACCUUGGCCUCAUCAGCUCUGGGCCCCACCUGCCUGGCCUGAUUUGAGGCAGACUGCCUGGCAACUCUGGGACUGCUCUGGAAAACAGCCACUGUCACACCUCUUACAGUGAGGAAAAUAACCAGCUUAAGGAGAGGGACUUGAAGAGCACCAAGCUGCGGUGAAAGGGAGGCCAGCCUUUCCACUCCAGUCUUCCCACGUCUGGCCCAAGGAGACAUUGGGGUUGCUAUUUAAUGCAGUCAAUCUCUAUUUUUCUUUUUCCACCCAACAGGGAAUUAGUAUAUGUACUUUUCAGAAAACUUUUUUUUUUUAAAGAGCCUUUUGACAUACCUUAGAAAGAUUUGGUGAGGAGAGACAGAGGCAGAUUGGAGGUUAUGGCCCUAAUUUUUCCUACUGCCUCUUAAAAAGGAAUAUUUAAGGAUUUUUUCCCUUUCUUUCUGUGUGUUUUCUAUUCUCCUAAAGACAUAAUCUUUUGCUUUUUAACCACAGUUUAUAGGUAGUGAUCAGAGAGAGUACAGGCCUCAACUCCCUUAUAUGGCAGUAUUUAUUUAAAAAUUUUUGAGCAGAAAAAAGUGAUCAAGUUUGAGGUGGCUUUUAAAUUUUAAGAGAUUAUAAUAAGUCUCCUUUGACUUAAGAGUCUGCCUUCCAGAUGCAGAUCCUAAGUUAGUUAGUUAGUUUUAUUUAUUUAUUUAUUUAAAGGUAUACAAGCAGCCCAUGAUCAUAUGCUUGUUGUGAUAAAAUAGUAUAGAAGUAGCUCUAAAGAGUGUCAAAAGUGAAUAUAUCCCCCUUUAAUCCCUUCCAAUUCUCUCCUCCCCCAAGGGAACCUCACUUAACUCUAGUGUAUAUCCAAACCCCUUCCUGUGUAGUUACAGAUAGAAAUACUCAUAUACUUUCAAUUUUUUUUUUUUUUUUUUUUCCAGUACGCGGGCCUCUCACUGUUGUGGCCUCUCCCAUUGCGGAGCACGGGCUCCAGACACGCAGGCUCAGCGGCCAUGGCUCACGGGCCUAGCCGCUCUGCGGCAUGUGGGAUCUUCCUGGACCGGGGCACGAACCCAUGUCCCCUGCAUUGGCAGGCGGACUCUCAACCACUGCGCCACCAGGGAAGCCCUACUUUCAAAUUUUAAACAAAUGGGAUUAUGUGCUUUGCUCCCCCCACCUCAAACUAUCUGAGAUCUCUCCAUACUAGUAAGUAGAGAUGGACCUCAUUCUUUUUAACAGCUUCAUAACAUGAAUGGGUGCAACUAUAACUUGUUGUAAUUUUUCAGUUUUACAAAUGGUCCUGCAGUAAACAUCUUCGUGCAUACAUGUAGGCUAAGUUCCCGGAUGUGGAAUUGCAGGUAAACGCGUCAAUACGUUUGUUAUCAUCCCUAAAAAGAGAAAAGCUGGGAUCCAGGUAACUCUAGUCCUGUUGCUGAGGACAAAUGUUUAGUCAGCAAGUGAUUGUGUGAAAUGGCUCCAUGCUAAACUCCCUUCUUGGUGAUUCACAAUCAAGUAGCAUAUUAAGAGUUCUGGAAAUUCUUCAGUAACCACUUACUGCUGAGUAGUUUAAAAAGAAUUGUUUGCAAAGGGAAAUUGCAAUGUGCAAAUGUGUAAUUCUUGUACACAUCUUAAAAUUUCCCUGAACAGUUUGGGAAGUCUCCCCCCGGGUGGUAAUCUCUCAAAGACAGGACAGCAUUUAGAUAGGAACUGGCCACAUACUGUUCCACCAGGCUGGGCAGCUGAGGUGGAGUCAGGUUUGGAUUUGGUCCAGGAACCAGGCGAGGCCUGUCAGCCACUCCCAAACCCCUCGGAUGAGAGGGAUCCAGCAAAUCCUGCAUAAAUCAAGGCUUUGAGGCUGACCAGUGGGGAGACGGGUAGAGUUUCACUUCGGCCUGAGUCUAUCUAAGAGGUGACAUCAACCUAGCACACACACUUUGCAUCAGUCAGGCCCAAGCCUCCAACAGACAAGGGUGUGGAUCCAGAAUCUCUAGAGAAGGAGCCACCAGGGGUAUAAGAGGGCAGUGUCCUCCCCCCUCCCACUCACCUCCUCCAGUCCUUGAAAUCAUGGUUAAUUUCCAUGGCUCAGUGCAGAUGUCACCCCUGAAGCCUCUCCCCUAGCCCCUAGACCCCUCCUGUGUGCUCUGGUAGCACCUCUGCUUCAGCAAUUAGCAGUCUGUUUUGUCUUCUGGUUCAUUCAUACUUAUUGGGCUGAUCUAGAGGAAGGGCCACAUGAUGAAUUAUGUACUUCACAGUCUUCCCCAACAAAGUGGGAGCUCCUCCGUAGCCCGGUGCUGUUCAGGCCUUCCUUCACUCAUUCAUUCAUUCGAUCAUCAUUGAGCACCUACCAUGUGUCAGGCGUUAGCUAGACUGCCUGAAUACAGUGGUGAAUACAGCAGACUCAAUCCCUCCCUCUUUCGUAUUCUUAUAUUCCCUGUAGCCCAGCCCAAUGUCUAGCCCAAAGCCUGACACAGUACGGUUUAGAAAUGGCAAUCUAAUUGGAAAGCUGCCUUUGCAUAGCAAGAACUGUCUUACCUCCUAGACUACAGAUGAAAAAACAUUUUCUCAAGAUGCCUCGUCUACAUUUUAUGUGAUGGAAAGUCAUUUGACUGUACGGGAUAUUUUUUUAGACAUUUGGGGUGACCUCGGGGGCCUGAUGGAGAAUCUGGAGUGCUAAGGUGCCAGCCACCUGGCUGGACCAACGCUGGCGGGAGGGCGCUAGCUACGCGGCCCGCAGGUCCCGCCCGCACAGGCCCGGCCCCGCCCCCGCUCUCCAUAGUUACGGCUGCGGAGGCGGCGGCCAUCUUGGCGGCGGAGCGAUGAGCGGGUCGAAUUCUAAGGCUGCGGCCGUGGGGUCGGCGGCUGGGCCCGGGGGGCUGGUGACUGGCAAGGAGGAGAAGAAGAAGGCUGGCGGCGGCGUCCUGAACAGGCUUAAGGCGCGGCGGCAGGCGCCCCACCACGCGGCCGACGACGGCAUCGGGGCAGCGGUUACGGAGCAGGAGCUGCUGGCUCUGGAUACCAUCCGGCCCGAGCACGUCCUGCGCCUCAGCCGGGUCACAGAGAAUUAUUUAUGUAAACCCGAAGACAACAUCUACAGUAUUGAUUUCACACGCUUCAAAAUUCGAGAUUUGGAGACUGGGACAGUGCUUUUUGAGAUUGCCAAACCUUGUGUGUCAGACCAGGAGGAGGAGGAGGAGGAGGUGGCGGCGGCGGCAGGCGGAGAUGUGGAUGUCAGUGCUGGCCGCUUCGUCCGCUAUCAGUUCACGCCAGCAUUUCUCCGCCUCCGCACCGUGGGCGCCACGGUGGAGUUCACGGUGGGAGACAAACCUGUGUCAAACUUCCGGAUGAUCGAACGGCACUAUUUCCGGGAACGCCUGCUGAAAAACUUUGACUUUGAUUUCGGCUUCUGCAUCCCCAGCAGUAGGAACACUUGUGAACAUAUCUAUGAGUUUCCCCAGCUUUCUGAGGAUGUCAUUCGUCUGAUGAUUGAAAAUCCCUAUGAGACCCGUUCUGACAGCUUCUACUUUGUCGACAACAAGCUGAUAAUGCACAACAAGGCUGACUAUGCCUAUAACGGGGGCCAGUAGCUGUGGCAGGAGCGGACGGGGAGGUGCUUUGCUGUGGCCCAAGGUCCUGGUGCACGGAGGUGGCUGAAGCUGCGGUCUGUCAACACACAUCUGGAACCUGGCCCCAGGAAGCCGAGGCUGGGGUGGCAGUUUCCUGUGCUCCAAGAGAGGUGCCAAGCAGUGCUGUGUUUCCUUCCCCAGUAUUUUUUCUUCCUUUUUUCCCUGCCCCUUAGGUCACGGAGGUACUAUAGUAAAACUUAGCAUAAGGCUUCUGGAAUCCAGAUAAAAAUAGAAAGUUUAUUUUCAUGUAGUCAUGGCUCCUCUGGGUUGUCCUGUUGAGCCUGGGUCUCUCCAGGCAGAGCUGUGCCGGGGAGAGAAGGCUCUUCCGUAGGUUCAGGGGCGCUGUGGGAAGCUGAGACUCCUCUCUCGCCUGCGGGGUCGCCAUCAGCACACUCUGACCUCAGCCUGUGCAUCGUCCUAAACCAACUCGGGGGGCAGAGGGAAGGAGUGGUGCCAGGAGUUGAGGCACUGGGGUGGGCAAGGCUGCCAAACUGAAGGAUCUGUCUUACGUAGGGGCCGCUUAUCUGUCUGACUUCCGGAUCCUCAGCCGGUCCUCCUGGGGCUCCACUGAGGUUUCAACCUGGCAGUGCCUUCCUGUUCUCCUUCCAGAGGAAAGAUGAGCUUGCUCUGCUUCUCCUGGCUCCUAACUUUUGAGUUUCUCCUGAAAUACAAUGUGUCAGUUUUGCUGUUGGAACUGUAGUAUCUCUGGAGGCCAGAGCAGGCCUUAUUGUAUUUUGUUUUUUUAUUUCUAAGCUUCUUGUGGGGAGGCUUUAUAAAAUGUCAGUGGCAUUCCCAGCAUAUAGGAUGUGUGGCCAGACUUCUGAUAGUAUCAGUCAGGCUCCCGGGGCUAAUCUGGGUCAUGUCGUACCUGCUUUUGUACUGAAGUAGUUCCUGGAAUCAUCCUGGCUGGUCAGACCUAAGUAAUGUGUAUUCUGGUCCUUUGGAAUGGUUUUGGAAUGUCUGCCACUUGGAAUGGCUUUGGGCGUUGGGAAAGGGGGAAAUCAGCUGAGGUGGCCUAUCAGAGAGACGUGUUCUCAAAAAUCUUCCUCACACAUCCCUCAGGCCUCACUGGAUGGGCUGUCUGCGCUUCAGCUCCCUACUGUUGUCUGACAGUGCGGGCGAUUUAAGUGCUCAGGCCCAACUCCUGACCCUCUGAUAAGACUGUUGCUGCGGCCAGGGUUUAGCAUUGCUAGAAAGGUCACAGUAGGAAGGGCCCAGGUACGUGGUAUCUGUGACCAGAGAGCUGUCUCCCUAGGUGCUUGGGAGAAAGGCCAGGUGGAGCCAGGGAGAGAAGGGCCAGCGCUUUGCCACAGAUGCUCCUGUGCUUUCACUGACCGGUGUUGCUCCCUGUUUGCAUUCUAGAGCGUGAGGGGCCUUGAACCGUGGUCCAGUGCUUUUUGUCAGGCCAGAGUCUGGGCUGUGCCAGAUGCUGGCAACUUCCUCACUGAGAAAACCCUGGUUAGCCCUGUGUGCUGGCCCUGCACCCAACCCCCGAGGGAGGAAGAGACCGGGUUCCCUGCAGGGUGGGCUACUCAUCCCCAGACCGGUGAAUCCCAGAACUGGAGUCGGCUGCAAAUCCAGGUGCCUUAUGUGUGGCUCCAUCCCAUACACUGCCGGACAGACAUCAGCACUGCCUCUUCACCUUCUGUUUCUCACUGGGGCUCCCUCAACAGAUUUGUGUUCAUUGAGCUUCAGAAUAACCCCUUCUCUCUGUGACAGAACCCAGUCGGGAGAGUUUUUCUACUAUUUGAUGUUUAAUUAUUAUCUAGGAUGUGGUUUCUGGAGCUGCCCAGAACUCUGCUCAGUAGAGUGUGUCUUGGAAAUGUGUCCCAGGCAGACCACGUCUUGUAGGCUAGUGGGCUGUCUCUUACCUGCAGUGUUAGCUUUUGCUGGGAAGAGGGCCGAGGAGGCAGGCAUUCUGGCUUGAAUAGUGCUGUAUCCUCUUCCCAAGAGCUUGCUUUAGUCUCACUGGAGACCGUUUUGAGGCCAUGCUUGAUCUGUGCCCAACAGCACAGGGAUUUGCUAUCUUCUGCUCCUGAAGGUCUGGUGUUCUGUACCUGGGACUCUGGAUUCUUGUGGCUAGCUACUCAGGAAACCUUGAGAAGCAUUACCUCUCUGGGGUGUUAGCUAGGGUAAGUCUGAAAUUCAAGCUUUUGUACCCGAACUGGGGAGAGAAUUGGAAGUCAUACCUUCUCUGAAAGUAGCUGAACUCAUCAGAAGCUGAAUCAGGAGGCCGUGUUGUUAAGGAGUCUGGGCUAUUGAUAGCAGUUACCUGUGGGCAAUAAGAUGGGAGGAAAAAACCUACCUGCCUGGGGAGACCAUGCCCUCUGUUCAGAGCUGGUACCUGAGAGGAAGCGCCUAAAGGGAACACAUUCCAGCAGACUGACAGGUCCAGCUGGCGCCUGGGGGCCUGCUGCCUGCACCCCUCCCUCUCGUGUCUUGCUCCUUCGUGUCCCUCUGGCCUGGAGUCUCCUGGGAGAGCGACUCUCUUUUCCUGUGGAGCUUUUGGGCUAAGAUGCCCUUUCAGCUGCUGCAAAGAAGAUCCUGGUUUAUUUUAUUCUAUGUUUUAAAGAGUAAACAGAGGAAAUAAGUAAAAGUAGUCCUGGGAUAAAGUAGGUCAUCCUCUCUUCAUGUGUUAGCUCAGAGCUGUCUUGCAAGGAAAGUACUUUUCAGGGCCUUGUCGGCCUUCCUGAAGACCUCACAGUCUUUGGGCCGUCCAGUUCUCAAAUAGGGGCGGUGAUUUGGGGGCGUUGGGGCUAUGCAGAGACUGGAGAUUCUUGACGUGGCAGUAGCUGGGGGAAUCUUCAGCUUGUUUCUUCAGUUGAAGUGGGACUCAUUUCCGGAAUGGACUUAAUAGGCUGUGUCUAAUGUACAGAUUGGGUGAGUCUUGCUUUAGUGUGUCUUGCCACCCUCGAUAGGCUCCCAGGGUACUCUCUUUUUUUUUCUGUAACGUCCCUUCCUUCUGGUGGCCAUUGUCACUCUGACGUCAGUGAGGUUGGGGAAUGGGGACAGUUCUCAGAAUCAUAGCACAGACUCGUCUGUGUGUGUGGACCCCUGAUGCAGAGGGUGCUGCCGUGCCUGGCCUAGGGGCCCAAUUGUCAGAUCACCAUGUUUCUCACAUUCCGUGUCACAGGACAUCUUAGGUACAAGAAGGGUCUGGUGGAGGUGGAUUUACCCCUUGUUGCACAAAGGAUCAUGUAAAGUCACUGAACUUGUGAAAGUCUAUUUUUUUCCCCUGUAUAUCUAUUUUUCACAGAAUGUAAGAAGCGUUAAUGACCUGGUCUGUCCUUCUUCCCCUUUCCCCUUCACCUGAGGUCCUCAUUCCAGUUUGUAUUGUCUUUGUGUCCAAAGUAAACUAGGUGACUUAUUUGUAUAAAAUGUUAUUUUGCCACAAGAGACAGUAAUAAAAGAAAGAUUUUCACAGUA